UUCAUCGACUGACUUUCAUCAUUGCCCAAUUUUAGUGCAUAACUUUGUAUUUGUGCAUUUAUUUCGUAUUUAUAAUUUUAUAUUGUCCAUCAAGCAAAAUAGCUUCUCCACUUAAGAGAUUUUGGUGCAAGUCCAUAAAUAUUUUGGGAGCGUGUCAUAAGCUGUUGCUAGGAGCAAUUAUGGAAACUGAACCAUUGGACCCCAUGGACAUAUUGGCCUACACCACUGAGGAGCUACAAGGGCGUUUUCGCCGAGCCAAAGAAGGCAUAGAUAAGGCUAAAGUUAUAUCUGAGUUUCUUUGUCGUUGGGACGCAGAUGAAGCACUCGCGCCAGUGAAGAAAAUGAAAAUCGAGUUUCAGGAAGAUCUCGAUUGGUUCAACGUUACACGGCCCUUACCUUUGAAGUCGCUGCGUGGCAAGCUCGUUGUACUUGAUUUCUUCACCUACUGCUGCAUCAACUGCAUGCAUAUUUUGCCAGAAUUGCAUGCGCUUGAGGAACUCUUCCCACCAGAAAGUGGCCUGGUAGUUGUGGGUGUGCAUAGCCCCAAAUUUGAAAACGAAAAAGAUGGUGCAAAUAUACUUUCCGCUGUGCAACGCUAUGGCAUUACGCAUCCAAUUGUUAAUGACGCACGCAUGACACUAUGGCGUGCCAUAGGCAUACGCUGCUGGCCAUCAUUGCUAGUGUUGAGCCCUUCGGGUGCGCCAAUGCUACUACUAAUGGGGGAAGGUCAUGGUGCUUUUCUGCAGUGUUUUACCGAGCAGGCCUUACGCCAUUACAAAGCCAAGGGCGAAAUUGAUAAUUCUUCGUUGCCACUGAAAUUGGCUACGGAUGCAAUGCCCGCUUCAAAUUUACUAUUUCCGGCCAAAAUUGCGCGUAGUGAAAACGGGCGCUUUGCAGUUGCUGAUGCGGGAAAUCAUCGUAUUUUGAUUUUCGACAGUGACGGCAAUGUACACCAACGAAUUGGUGGCUGUAGUGCUGGCUUUGUUGAUGGUGACUUUGAGACGGCACGCUUCAACUCGCCGCAAGGAUUAGAUUUUCUGGAUGACGAUGUACUCAUUGUAGCGGACACGGAGAAUCACGUUGUACGACAAAUAACCUUGAGCACGCGUCGAGUUGAAACCUUGGCUGGAACUGGUCAACAAGGUAACGAUCGUGUGGGUGGUAAGUUGGGUCCAUUGCAAGCCAUAUCAUCGCCUUGGGACAUUGCUGCGUUUAGAAUGCGCGACAUGGAUAUGUCCUUUCAUCUUGAUGAGCGUAAUGUGCCUGAGAAGGCGAUAGUUCUGGUGGCCAUGGCUGGUACACAUCAAAUUUGGGGUUACUUUCCAGAAGGAAUAAUUUGGUGGAAAUAUCGUCAGUUAGAUCCGCGUACUUGUGUUGCCAUCAUUGGCAAUGGCAUGGAGGAGAAUCGUAACAACUCUUAUCCACAAAAUGCCGCUUUUGCGCAACCCUCUGGCUUGGCCUUGGCAAAGAAUUUCCUCUUCAUUGCGGACAGUGAGAGCUCUAGCAUACGAAAAGUGUCAAUGGUGGAUGGCAAAGUGAUGCCAGUUGUAGGUGGCGACCGUAAUCCUCUGAACUUAUUCGCAUUCGGUGACGUAGACGGUAAGCAAUACAAUGCAAAGCUGCAACAUCCACUGGCAGUCGCCUACAAUAGCGUCACAGAUAAAAUUUACGUAGCCGACACUUACAAUCACAAAAUCAAAGUGAUUGACACCACCACAAGCUCCAUAGAAAGUGUGUUGAUUAAAGAUACCAACGGCGCCCAAUUGCAAUUGAAUGAACCAGCGGGUCUGUGUUUCGAUGCCAGUGGCCAAUUAUUAUACAUUUCAGACACCAACAAUCAUCGUAUACAUUUGGUAGACAUGAAAACUCUCAUUGCGAAAAAUUUUACAUUAAAUUACAGUGCAAUAGUGCCUUCAACAGCUGCUACGGAAACCGAUUCGGCAAUCAGUGGCGGUUUACAAUUGCUUAAGCGUGUGCCAUUACGUGCCUGCGUACAAUUGAAGCUGCGUGUGAAUAUUAGUUUGAGUAAUGAAUUGAAAUUCACCGAAGCCGCACCACAACGUUGGACGCUAAAGAGCGCUUCGCCGUCAUUGAAAGCGUCUGCCACUUCAGGUCAAAUAAACAAUGGUGUAUUAAAUCUCGAACUGGAACGCGCGUCUUCGAUGCUGCAGCCGGAGGAGGAAGUAAAGUUGAGCAUUGCUCUGAGUUUAUGUGAUGCUAAGAGUUGCCUUAUGAAGCGUUUUACGCUCGUACUAAGAGAUAACGCCGCUGAGGGAGCCCCAACUCCGAAGCUAAACGAUAAAGGUGUGAUCGAUGAAAACGUGAAUAUUCUUAUCACGCAAAACAAGAUAGAUUUUAGCUAAUGACGUCUGACUAUACGUCGAUGUAUGUAUAUUUGUUUGUAUGCGUUAUAUCAUAAUUUUGCAAUUUCUUUCAUAAGCGCACAGUGAGAGGAAAAUGUUAAAACACUUGUGAAGUCAACUGUUUGCCGAACUUGAGACGGCUUAGUUAUUAUUCAUAAAGGACGCACUUGAUAGAAGUAUGCUAAGUUUGAUUUUUGUUUUUUUUUU